UGUCUACUUCUGUUGUGUUAGUUUUACAUGAGACCUUUUAAUCGUUAAAGACUGAUAUUAGAAACGGUUCUGUCAAAUCCUAAAGGAAAUGAUUGACACAUUUCUGUUCUUCUGUUUGUGCUCAUGGAGUCUGGCUGGAUUGUUUGGUGUUGAUGCAGUGCAGUCAGUGUCAGUGACGGAGGGAGAUUCUGUCUCUCUAAAUGUGACUGAUGUACAGACGAAUGAUGAGAUCGAGUGGAGGUUUGGAGGAAUCCUCAUUGCUGAAAUCAACAUAAAGAACAAAAAGAGCACAUUUUAUAAUGAUAGUGCUGAUGGGAGAUUCAGAGACAGACUGAAGCUGGAUCAGACUGGAUCUCUGAUCAUCACUAACACCAGAACCAAUCACUCUGGACUUUAUAAUAUCAGCAGCAGCACAAGAAAUACUCUGCUCAACACAUUCAAUCUUACAGUCUUUGGAUUGUUUGGUGUUGAUGCAGUGCAGUCAGUGUCAGUGACGGAGGGAGAUUCUGUCUCUCUAAAUGUGACUGAUGUACAGACGAAUGAUGAGAUCGAGUGGAGCUCAUCUUCCAGUUCCUGUCAUCAGCAACAUCUCUUCACAACAUUCAUCAUCAUCUUCAUCCUCCUCUUCAUCAUCAUGUUCAUUCCUGUGUUCAGUGGUGAAUAUAAGGGCCAACCCAUAAUUUAUAUACUUUCAAUCUCUGCUGCUGCUGUUAUAUUGUUGUUGAUCGUAGUCGUGGUGUGCUGCUUCUGCAAGAUACACAGAAAAACAGACCAAAAAGUUGAGGCUCAUGAGGAAGAGAUCACUUAUGCUGAUCCGACAUUCUACAAAAGAAAAGCACAGAAAUCAAAAGCUCAAGUGGAGGAGGACGUGGUGUAUGCAGGAGUCGCUGUGAGACAUUGAUCAAUAUGUGAUUCUGUUUAAGGGUUGUCAUUUUUCUUGAACACAAAUACCAAAAAAAUAAGAAAAGAGGUGGAUUAAUUUAUUAGUGUGGAUGUGU